CAAACCCCACUCUCUCACUGCUUGUUUUCUCUCUCUACGGAGAGUCCAUUACCCUUCACCACAAAACCCCCAAAACCCUAGGGCUUCUCCAUCGAAGCUCUCCACUCAAGUCUCUUGCUCUUAUUUUCCACAAAUUUUCCGUACAGAUCAAUCCGCUGGAUAGGGUUUCGUGAUUCAAUCAUAGCACCACCAUGUGGAACAGCGGCCAGAUUGCGCCGCCCGGCACCGGCGGCUCCACGAUUCCACCUCCUCCUGCAGCUCAGCCUUCGUACACGGUCUUACCGUCGCCGGCGGAGGCCGAGGCUAGGCUUGAAGAAAAGGCGCGUAAAUGGAUGCAGCUGAAUUCGAAGCGGUAUGGCGACAAGAGGAAGUUCGGGUUCGUGGAGACACAGAAGGAGGAUAUGCCUCCGGAGCAUGUUAGGAAGAUUAUCAGAGACCAUGGGGACAUGUCCUCAAAAAAAUAUCGUCAUGAUAAACGUGUAUAUCUUGGAGCCCUUAAAUUCAUUCCACAUGCAGUUUACAAGCUUCUUGAAAACAUGCCAAUGCCUUGGGAACAGGUCCGUGAUGUGAAGAUUUUAUACCAUAUUACUGGAGCGAUCACAUUUGUAAAUGAAAUACCAUGGGUUGUUGAACCUAUAUAUUUAGCUCAGUGGGGUACAAUGUGGAUCAUGAUGCGAAGGGAGAAGAGGGAUCGUCGGCAUUUCAAGAGAAUGCGGUUUCCCCCAUUUGAUGAUGAGGAACCUCCAUUGGACUAUGCUGAUAAUCUGUUAGAUGUGGACCCUUUAGAGCCAAUUCAAUUAGAGUUAGAUGAAGAAGAAGAUUCUGCUGUUUACACUUGGUUUUAUGACCAUAAGCCUCUUGUCAAAACAAAGCUUAUAAAUGGCCCUAGUUACCGGAAAUGGCAUCUUUCCCUCCCAAUCAUGGCAACUCUUCAUCGACUUGCAGGCCAGCUGCUUUCUGAUUUAAUUGACCGCAAUUAUUUCUACUUGUUUGAUAUGGAGUCAUUCUUUACAGCUAAGGCACUGAACAUGUGCAUACCUGGAGGACCUAAAUUUGAGCCCUUAUAUCGCGACAUGGAGAAGGGAGAUGAGGACUGGAAUGAAUUCAAUGACAUUAACAAGCUUAUCAUUCGGUCACCACUCAGGACGGAAUAUAGAAUUGCAUUCCCUCAUCUUUAUAAUAAUAGGCCCAGGAAAGUAAAGCUUUGUGUGUAUCAUACUCCUAUGAUUAUGUACAUUAAAACUGAGGAUCCUGAUUUACCUGCGUUCUAUUAUGAUCCUUUGAUACACCCUAUCACCACCAUUAACAAGGACCGGCGUGAGAAAAAAAAUUAUGAAGAAGAGGAUGAUGAUGAUUUCUUUUUGCCAGAAGAGGUGGAACCUUUGUUAACAAAAACAGCACUUUAUAGUGACACCACGGCUGCAGGUAUUUCACUGUUGUUUGCACCACGCCCUUUUAAUAUGAGAUCUGGUCGGAUGAGGCGGGCUGAAGAUAUACCCCUUGUGUCAGAGUGGUAUAAGGAACACUGCCCUCCAUCAUAUCCGGUUAAAGUUCGGGUCAGCUACCAGAAAUUGUUGAAAUGUUUUGUGUUGAAUGAGCUGCAUCACAGACCACCCAAGGCUCAGAAGAAAAAACACUUGUUCCGGUCUCUCCAAGCUACAAAGUUCUUCCAAACUACAGAACUAGAUUGGGCUGAAGCGGGUCUCCAAGUUUGUAAGCAAGGGUAUAACAUGUUGAAUCUGUUGAUACAUAGGAAAAAUUUGAAUUACCUUCAUCUUGAUUAUAAUUUUAAUCUGAAGCCGGUGAAGACUCUCACUACAAAAGAACGUAAAAAGUCACGAUUUGGUAAUGCUUUUCAUCUCUGCCGUGAAAUCCUUCGUUUGACGAAGCUUGUAGUUGAUGCCAAUAUCCAGUUCCGUUUGGGAAAUGUGGAUGCAUUCCAAUUGGCUGAUGGGUUGCAAUAUACAUUUUCACAUGUUGGCCAGUUGACUGGAAUGUACCGCUACAAGUACAGGCUUAUGCGGCAGAUCAGAAUGUGCAAGGACUUGAAGCACUUGAUUUAUUACCGCUUCAAUACUGGACCUGUGGGGAAAGGCCCGGGAUGUGGAUUCUGGGCACCAAUGUGGAGGGUGUGGCUGUUCUUCCUUCGUGGUAUAGUGCCUCUGUUGGAAAGGUGGUUGGGAAAUUUACUUGCACGGCAAUUUGAAGGGCGCCAUUCAAAGGGGGUGGCCAAGACUGUUACAAAGCAACGUGUCGAAAGCCAUUUCGACUUGGAGCUUCGAGCUGCUGUUAUGCAUGAUGUUCUUGACGCUAUGCCAGAGGGCAUUAAGCAGAAUAAAGCAAGAACUAUCCUGCAGCAUCUUAGUGAAGCGUGGCGUUGUUGGAAAGCAAAUAUUCCAUGGAAGGUGCCUGGUUUGCCAGUUCCCAUUGAGAAUAUGAUUCUUCGUUAUGUCAAGUCAAAAGCGGAUUGGUGGACAAAUGUUGCCCACUAUAAUCGUGAACGUAUAAGAAGGGGUGCUACAGUUGAUAAGACAGUUUGUCGAAAGAACCUUGGUAGAUUGACUCGCCUUUGGCUGAAGGCAGAACAGGAACGCCAACAUAAUUACUUGAAGGAUGGUCCAUAUGUCACACCAGAAGAAGCAGUGGCCAUUUACACUACCACUGUGCAUUGGUUAGAGUCAAGAAAGUUCUCCCCAAUUCCAUUCCCUCCAUUGUCUUACAAGCAUGACACAAAGCUUCUUAUCCUUGCUUUGGAGAGAUUGAAGGAAUCGUACAGUGUGGCUGUGAGGUUAAACCAACUACAGAGAGAAGAGUUGGGUCUUAUUGAACAAGCUUAUGAUAAUCCACAUGAGGCUUUAUCACGGAUUAAGCGUCACCUGCUUACACAGCGUGCCUUCAAAGAAGUUGGCAUUGAGUUCAUGGACCUGUAUAGUUAUCUAAUUCCAGUUUAUGAGAUUGAACCUCUUGAGAAGAUCACAGAUGCAUAUCUUGACCAAUAUUUAUGGUAUGAAGGUGAUAAGCGUCAUCUCUUUCCGAACUGGAUUAAGCCUGCAGAUUCAGAGCCACCUCCGCUUUUAGUGUAUAAAUGGUGUCAAGGUAUAAACAAUUUACAAGGAAUAUGGGACACAAGUGACGGGCAAUGUGUAGUCAUGCUUCAAACAAAGUUUGAGAAGUUCUUUGAAAAGAUUGAUUUAACAAUGUUAAACAGGCUUCUACGCUUAGUUCUUGACCAUAAUAUUGCUGAUUAUGUCACUGCAAAGAACAAUGUUGUGCUGUCUUACAAGGACAUGAGUCACACUAACUCAUAUGGCCUUAUACGUGGUCUUCAGUUUGCUUCAUUUGUUGUACAGUAUUAUGGACUUGUGUUGGAUCUCUUGCUUCUUGGAUUGACUAGAGCCAGUGAAAUUGCUGGUCCUCCACAGAUGCCAAAUGAGUUCAUUACUUAUUGGGAUACCAAAGUUGAAACCCGGCAUCCAAUUCGGUUGUAUUCUAGGUACAUUGACAGGGUACAUAUAUUGUUCCGCUUUACCCAUGAAGAGGCUCGGGAUCUUAUUCAGCGGUAUCUCACUGAGCAUCCUGAUCCAAACAAUGAAAAUAUGGUUGGAUAUAACAAUAAGAAGUGUUGGCCAAGAGAUGCCAGAAUGAGGCUCAUGAAACAUGAUGUCAAUCUUGGGAGAAGUGUGUUCUGGGAUAUGAAGAAUCGUCUUCCUCGAAGUAUCACAACAUUAGAGUGGGAGAACAGCUUUGUAUCUGUAUACAGCAAGGACAAUCCAAACUUGCUUUUCAGCAUGUGUGGAUUUGAAGUUCGGAUACUGCCUAAGAUAAGAAUGACCCAAGAGGCAUUCAGCAAUACCAGAGAUGGAGUUUGGAAUUUGCAGAAUGAACAGACCAAAGAAUUGACUGCUGUUGCAUUCUUGCGGGUUGAUGACGAGCACAUGAAAGUGUUUGAGAAUCGUGUAAGGCAAAUCCUUAUGUCUUCAGGAUCAACAACAUUCACAAAAAUUGUCAACAAAUGGAACACGGCUCUAAUAGGUCUCAUGACAUAUUUCCGUGAAGCAACAGUCCAUACUCAAGAACUGUUAGAUUUGCUGGUCAAAUGUGAAAAUAAAAUUCAAACCCGUAUCAAGAUCGGAUUGAAUUCAAAAAUGCCUAGCAGGUUUCCUCCCGUGAUUUUUUACACCCCAAAAGAAAUUGGAGGACUUGGCAUGUUAUCAAUGGGUCACAUAUUGAUUCCUCAAAGUGAUCUCAGAUACAGUCAGCAGACUGAUGUUGGUGUAACUCAUUUUAGGAGUGGAAUGAGUCAUGAAGAAGACCAGCUGAUUCCAAAUCUUUAUAGAUACAUACAACCAUGGGAGAGUGAGUUCAUAGAUUCACAGCGUGUUUGGGCUGAGUAUGCACUGAAGAGGCAGGAAGCACAGUCACAAAACAGGAGAUUGACCCUUGAAGAUCUGGAAGAUUCAUGGGAUAGGGGAAUACCUCGUAUCAAUACUUUGUUCCAAAAGGAUCGUCAUACCCUGGCAUAUGACAAGGGAUGGAGAGUGCGCACUGAUUUUAAACAGUAUCAAGUUUUGAAACAGAACCCUUUCUGGUGGACACACCAGCGGCAUGAUGGAAAACUAUGGAACUUAAAUAACUAUCGAACUGAUGUCAUCCAAGCCCUCGGAGGAGUGGAGGGAAUUCUUGAGCAUACCUUAUUCAAAGGAACAUACUUUCCAACUUGGGAAGGUCUGUUCUGGGAGAAGGCUUCCGGUUUUGAGGAGUCCAUGAAGUAUAAGAAGCUGACUAAUGCACAACGAUCUGGUCUCAACCAAAUUCCUAACCGUAGGUUUACCCUUUGGUGGUCACCUACAAUAAAUAGGGCCAAUGUUUAUGUGGGUUUCCAAGUGCAGUUAGAUCUAACUGGAAUAUUCAUGCAUGGGAAGAUUCCAACAUUGAAAAUAUCAUUGAUUCAGAUAUUCCGUGCUCAUUUGUGGCAAAAGGUUCAUGAAAGUGUUGUCAUGGAUCUCUGUCAAGUUUUGGAUCAGGAGUUGGAUGCCUUGGAAAUUGAGACUGUGCAAAAGGAAACCAUCCAUCCAAGGAAGAGUUAUAAAAUGAACAGUUCUUGUGCUGACAUUCUCCUCUUUGCUGCCCAUAGAUGGCCCAUGUCAAAGCCUAGUUUAGUGGCUGAGUCAAAGGAUGUGUUUGAUCAGAAAGCAAGCAAUAAGUACUGGAUAGAUGUGCAGCUCCGCUGGGGGGAUUAUGAUUCUCAUGAUAUUGAGCGUUAUACUCGUGCCAAAUUUAUGGAUUAUACAACAGAUAACAUGUCUAUUUACCCAUCUCCAACCGGGGUGAUGAUUGGUAUUGAUCUUGCUUAUAACUUGCAUUCUGCAUUUGGUAACUGGUUUCCUGGGUCAAAACCACUGCUUGCUCAGGCAAUGAAUAAGAUCAUGAAGUCAAAUCCAGCUUUAUAUGUUUUGAGAGAGCGUAUAAGGAAAGGGUUGCAGUUGUAUUCUUCAGAGCCUACAGAACCAUAUUUGUCAUCUCAAAAUUAUGGGGAAAUCUUUAGCAAUCAAAUAAUAUGGUUUGUAGAUGAUACCAAUGUGUAUCGUGUCACAAUCCAUAAGACAUUUGAAGGAAAUCUCACAACUAAACCUAUCAAUGGUGCCAUCUUCAUAUUUAAUCCGAGGACUGGGCAGCUGUUUUUAAAGGUCAUUCACACAAGUGUGUGGGCAGGACAGAAGCGUCUUGGCCAGCUGGCAAAGUGGAAAACAGCAGAAGAAGUGGCUGCUCUUGUUCGGUCUCUGCCUGUGGAAGAACAGCCAAAGCAAAUCAUUGUGACUCGUAAAGGAAUGCUGGAUCCCUUGGAGGUCCACUUGCUGGAUUUCCCCAAUAUAGUUAUUAAAGGAAGUGAACUGCAACUUCCGUUCCAGGCUUGCUUGAAGAUUGAGAAAUUUGGUGAUCUAAUCUUGAAGGCUACAGAGCCACAAAUGGUUUUGUUCAAUAUCUAUGAUGAUUGGUUGAAGAGUAUUUCCUCCUACACUGCAUUCUCCCGACUCAUUUUGAUUCUGCGUGCACUUCAUGUGAACAAUGAGAAGGCAAAAAUGUUACUAAAGCCAGACAAAACAAUUGUCACAGAGCCACAUCACAUCUGGCCUUCUCUCACUGAUGACCAAUGGAUGAAGGUUGAGGUUGCUUUGAGAGAUCUUAUACUCUCUGAUUAUGCCAAGAAGAACAAUGUGAACACAUCGGCCCUGACACAAUCUGAGAUUCGUGAUAUUAUUCUUGGAGCUGAGAUUACUCCACCUUCUCAACAGAGACAACAGAUAGCUGAGAUUGAGAAACAGGCAAAAGAAGCAAGUCAGCUGACAGCUGUCACGACAAGGACCACGAAUGUGCAUGGUGAUGAACUCAUUGUCACCACCACAAGUCCAUAUGAGCAAUCUGCAUUUGGAUCAAAGACAGAUUGGCGAGUAAGAGCAAUCUCAGCUACAAAUCUCUAUCUUCGGGUCAAUCAUAUUUAUGUGAAUUCAGAGGACAUAAAGGAAACAGGGUAUACUUACAUUAUGCCUAAAAAUAUUUUGAAGAAAUUUAUCUGCAUAGCAGAUUUGCGGACACAAAUUUCAGGUUACUUGUAUGGUAUAAGCCCACCAGACAAUCCUCAGGUUAAGGAAAUUCGCUGUAUUGCCAUGCCGCCACAGUGGGGUACCCAUCAGCAAGUGCAUCUCCCAUCUGCUCUUCCUGAGCACGAUUUCCUGAAUGAUUUGGAGCCUUUGGGAUGGAUGCAUACACAACCAAAUGAGCUGCCUCAAUUAUCACCACAGGAUCUCACUUCUCAUGCUCGGAUUCUUGAGAACAACAAGCAGUGGGAUGGAGAGAAGUGUAUCAUUCUUACCUGCAGUUUUACUCCAGGUUCUUGCUCAUUGACUGCAUAUAAGCUCACCCCAACUGGAUACGAGUGGGGUCGUGUGAACAAGGACACUGGAAGCAAUCCUCAUGGUUAUCUGCCGACGCAUUAUGAGAAGGUCCAAAUGCUUUUGAGUGACCGAUUCCUUGGUUUCUAUAUGAUUCCUGAUAACGGUCCCUGGAAUUACAACUUCAUGGGAGUGAAACAUACAGUGAGUAUGAAGUAUGGGAUCAAGCUCGGGACACCACGAGAAUACUAUCAUGAAGACCACAGGCCAACUCAUUUCCUGGAGUUCAGCAACUUAGAGGAGGGUGAGAUGGCGGAGGGAGAUCGUGAGGAUACAUUUACCUAGGCCAUGGUAUCACUGAGAUUAAGCUGUAACUCUGUAAGCUGUCUCGCUACUUUAAAAUGCUAGCAGUGUUUGCAGUCCCACUCGCGACAAAGUAGUGGUAGAUCUUUCCCCAGUUGUAAUAGUUCAUGUAGCUUUUGAUAAAGAUUUUGUAACUCAGUCCCGGUGAAGGCAUUGUGCUAUUUGUGUUUACAGUAAGUUGUAAAUAUGAGAACAAGGUUCAUAUUAUUGUUUUUGAAAUCCUAGUCUGACUCCUUUCUA